AUGAGCGAAGAUGCUUCUGAGCUCCUCUUCUCACCACCUUUCGACUGGGUUCAAGCUGAUUUUGAGAGCGAUGACAGACCAAACAACGCGACUUCACAGGGUCCUUCACAUGCCUCACCUGCACAGGGUCCCGGGCCAGUACUCCCACCACCAUCUGGUGGCGGAUAUUACUCGUCGAACGCGGCGACGGCCCACAACCAGAGCCUCCCCACUCUUCCAGGGCUGACGGCGCAACCUCAGCACUCAUCACCCCACAUGUCUGCCCAGCGACCGCCAUCUUCAGACGCGGGAGCGCAGGUCCACCAAGGCCCCCAGGCUCCUCCAUACUCGUUACCGGGUAUAUCGCAAACUCUACAGCAGCAACAGCAACAGCACAUGCCGACUUCGGAGCAGGCCAACGCGGACAGAGAGCGCGAAAUGCGCGAACGCGAGACCAGAGACAGAGAGAUAGAGUCGCACGCUAUGCACCAACAAGAAGACUUCGUCAAGCGCGAGGCGGAACAGCGGGACCGAGAACUUCAUGAGCGGCAGCAGCGCGAGCACGCUGCGCAUCAAAACCACUCUGCGCCAAUCCAAAUACACCAGCCCGUGGCAGUGGCACCAUCGACGCGAACGAUACACGGCCCGAACGGUCUCCUGGGUCAGUCUGGGCCAAUGAAUGGACCCCUCGCGCCACCCAUGGGUGGCCCCAAUCCGGGUGGGCCUAUGUAUGGGAAUGCGCCCGCGCAACAUGAGCAAACAACACCACGCAUGCAGCACGCGGUGCAGGCACCUACCCAAGCUCAGAUGUUGAUGCCUUUUGCUGGCCCUCCAGGAUCCAUGGCCAUGGGUCAGGGACAGCAGCCGAUCCUUAACGACGCCUUGAGCUAUCUGGACCAGGUCAAGGUUCAGUUCGCGGAUCACCCCGACGUGUACAACCGAUUUCUCGAUAUCAUGAAAGACUUCAAGAGUGGUGCGAUCGAUACUCCGGGGGUCAUUGAGAGGGUAUCAACUCUCUUCGCGGGCAAUCCGGCCUUGAUCCAGGGCUUUAACACGUUUCUGCCACCUGGCUACAAGAUUGAGUGUGGCACGAAUGGAGACCCAAAUGCCAUCAGAGUGACGACGCCAAUGGGCACCAUGGUGUCGACUAUGCCUGCUCCAAGGCCACUCUCACCGCCACGUAGCAGUGCUGUCAAUGGUAACAACGCCUCACAACACGAAGGUACUUACUACGAGACUGCCCAAGGACGCCCUUGGCCUCAACAGAGGGCUCAGGGACCUGAAGGACAGGAAUCCAUGUUUUCACCAAACAAUCGUACUUUGGGACAGCCUUUGUAUGGGCCACAGCAGGGGCAGCAGGGCCCAGCGCCGCAUUCGCCUGAGGUCACCUCGCGACCUCAUCCUGACCCUGCCGGAUCAGCUGCCGCGCUAGCCCACCAGCAAGAGCAGAGAGGUGUUUCGCAGCUGCAGAAUGCAGUAUCUGCUGCUACUGGCCGCUCACUGAUGUCCCCGAGUGUUGAUGCGGGUACCUCGUUACAAGGACAGGCUAUGAACGGUGCCGCUCAGCUUCCACAGAUGGGUGGAGCUGCAGCUGAGAAGAGAGGACCUGUCGAAUUCAACCACGCUAUUAGUUAUGUGAACAAAAUCAAGAAUCGAUUCGCGGCUCAUCCUGACAUUUACAAAAACUUUUUGGAGAUACUUCAGACCUAUCAGCGAGAGUCAAAACCUAUCCAGGACGUAUACGCCCAAGUUACCCACCUGUUCGGCGGCGCGCCUGAUUUGCUCGAGGACUUCAAGCAAUUCCUUCCGGAAUCAGCUGCUCAGCACAGGGCGCAACAACAGGCUGCCAAGAACGCUGCUGAAGACGCAGUCAUGCUCAGCAACGUACGAGGUGAAUCCGGUUAUGGAGCUGCCGCGAACCAACAAACUCCUGGUCGUGCGGAUACAUCAAGGUUGCCUCCGAUGGGUAACUUCGCGCCUACACCUACGGCGAAUCGCGACAACAAGAGGAAACGAGAGCGACAAGGACCUGUGGCUGCGCCCAUGCCCGCGCCCAUGUCACAGGAACUACCAACCUCGAAUGUUCGAGGCAGCUACAAUCAGGCAAACGUUAACAAGCGCGCGAAAACCGGACACGGCGCAAAGCAGGCAAUCCCCGAUGGUCCGCCAGUGUCGCCUACUUUAACACCUGCGCUGCCCGAACCGAUGCCACCGACGACUACUACAUCACCCAGUCAAGACGAGCUUGCAUUCUUUGACCGCGUCAAGAAAUUCAUCGGAAACAAGAACACGAUGAACGAGUUCUUGAAGCUCUGCAACCUUUACUCGCAAGAUUUAAUCGACAAGCAACUACUGCUCUACCGUGCUGGAUCAUUCAUCGGUGGAAACCAAGAACUCUAUGCCUGGUUCAAGAAGUUCAUGGGUGAGGAUGAAGAGCAGCAGAAGACUCGUCCAAAAACCGUCAACUCGCGUGUUUCGCUUUCGAACUGUCGCAGCCUCGGCCCUAGCUAUCGUCUGCUCCCUAGGCGCGAGCGUGAGCGUGUAUGCAGUGGGCGCGACGAACUUUGUCGAUCGGUUCUGAACGACGAGUGGGCGUCUCAUCCAACAUGGGCUUCUGAAGAUUCUGGUUUCGUCGCUCAUCGUAAGAACACGUUUGAGGAGGGCUUGCACCGAAUCGAGGAGGAGCGACAUGAUUACGACUUCAAUAUCGAGGCUUGCAGUCGCACGAUCCAGCAGCUUGAACCUAUCGCCAACCAACUCCUUACGAUGAAGCCGGAGGACAGGGUAGGAUUCACCUUGCCGCCUGGACUUGGUGGACAGAGUGAGACGAUUUACAAGCGUGUCAUCAUGAAGAUCUACGGCCGUGACAGAGGCAAGGACGUGAUUAAGGAGCUCUUCUGCAUGCCCUGGAGUGUCGUUCCUGUCCUUCUCCAUAGGUUGAAGACUAAGCUUGAGGAUUGGAAGGCGGCUCAGCGUGAGUGGGAGAAGGUCUGGCGCGAUCAGACGCAGAAGAUCUUCUGGAAAUCGCUGGACCAUCAGAGCAUCACAGUCAAGCAGGCCGACAAGCGUCAGUUCCAGCCCAAGUCACUCACGAACGAAAUUCAAGUCCGAUACGAGGAACAAAAGCGACUUCAACAGAUUCAAGAGAUAUCGCAGCCAGAUUACCAGUUUGCCUUCUCUUUCAGGGAUGAAGAGGUACUCUUUGACGUGGCUCGAUUGAUGCUCACGUUUGCCGACAACAACAACAGUGCCGACUUUGCGAAGGUUGUACCUUUCAUCAAAGAGUUCGUUCCACUUUUCUUCGGUAUUGAUAUCGCCAAGUUCGAGCAACGAGUACAGACCUCAGGACGUGAUACACCAAACGAUUCUGGAGAGGACACUCCCUCUCCAGAUGAUGAUGUCUCCCAACGCUCGCAGAAAGUAAAGAAAGGCGACCUCCGUCGCAACGUUCUCGACCCCAAUAACAAGCCACGGAACAAGGAAGAUAGUGUUGCGUCAGCAAGUCGAGAUAGUACUCCAGAUACAUCCGGUAUGGACGACGAGGCUGCUGGUGACAGCUCAAACUCCAAUCCUCGCGCAGAUCAAUCAAAACGUGAAUGGAUAGAGUAUGUUACUACCCCCACAGCCUUUGGCGACAAAGAGUUCGAGCAUGAAGAGCCCUACCAACGCGUAGAGUACAACAUGUACUCCAAUGCUUCCAUAUACUGCUUCUUCCGCAUGUUUGUCAUGCUUUACGAAAGGUUGUUGAAGCUCAAAGAGAAUGAAGAGGAGGUCCGAAAGGUCAUCACGCGGGCCAAAGAGCCAAAGGCAGCGCAGAAGCUGAAGAUGCUUGACAAGCAGCCCGAAGACUUCUUCAAAGACACAUCGUCAUCAGCGAACUACUACCAGCAGCUUCUCGACAUGUUCACUGAACAGAUCUCUGGCGAAGUAGACAUGAACUUCAUCGAGGAGACCCUACGGAGGUAUUAUCUCCAGAUUGGGUGGCAGCUGUACUCGUUCGACAGACUGCUCAGCUCGCUUGUCCGGUUCGCGCUCGCUGUUGUGAGUCAUGAUAACAAGGAUAAGAGCCUUGAUAUCUACAACCUCUUCAGGAAGGAUCGCAUCAAUGAUACUACGACCCACAAGAACGAGAUCAACUAUCGAAAGGCUGUUGAGAAGUUCGCGAAGGAUGCUGAUACCUACCGCAUCACCUACAACCCCACCAAGAUGGAAGCGCAUGUGCGUCUCUUCAAGAGGGAUGACCCAACUUUUGAGUUCAACACGCUCGACCGAGUCAGGCGCUGGCGAGCAUACGUCGCCUCCUACAUGGCCGUGGAACCCACUGAGGAAGUCGACCUGUCCCGCGUACACUACCCUUAUCUCAAGAAGCGUCUCGCGAAAACCGCAGAUCUCUCCGAGGAAGAGCGAUUUGACCACGUCAAGCACAACGACAAGAUAACCGUCUCCAUCAGCCCCGCCGCUUACAUCAUGUCCUUCAUCCACAGCGAGCCCUUUGGCACCGGUGGUGUUCAGUAUUUCUUGCAACCAGACGCUGUACGUGCGGGUCUGAGUGAAGCUGUACCAAAGCCGACUGAAGAGUACAAGAAGCUCAACGACGAGCGGAGGGAGAGGGUUCAGGAGAUUCUUGUCAGGAACAACAGCUGGAUGAAGGAUCUUAGUCGGGACGAUGUAGAUGCUAAGAAGGCUGCUUUCAAGAAGGAUCUUGAGGAGCCUAGGAAGGUGGCUGAUAAUGAGAAUGUGGACAUGGACGGCGUAGACGGUUUUGACUAA